CAAAGCGAAGGAAAACGGGAAGAAGGAAAAAUCUUGAAGAGAAGUCCAAGAAAAGAAAGGAGUAGCAGGCAACAAAACGCGAUCCCAGGUGCAAAAGAAUUAGUUCCCUCGUAAUCAGGACCGCGAAUAUCGUUAAUCAGCCCAGCGCAGCGUGAUCCUUGCUCUUCACCGAAAAAGAAAUCCCCAUUCGCUCAACACGCGCAGCUCGUUACAACACAUUUUGUGCGUUCGGGGUCACGCCGUUCUUUCGCACGAUUCUGUGCCAUAAUAUCCGUGGCACGUUUAAGCGAGAGCGGUAGUGCUUUGUGAGAAGUGCGGGCACGGCGGGGGCUGCUUCGCAAGUCCGGUUCCUGAAACCUGUACCCUUCCGCGCAGCUGGUGCUCGCGAAAGGAGGGCAAAAGCCGCCAGCAGGCAGGCUCGCUGGCAUACUUCUUCAGAGGGGCGGUCGAGUGCGCGGGCUGAGAGUAGUGAUCGUACGUAGGUCCCCACCCCCUCCCGGAAAGCAAGGAAGUCCAGAGGAUCCGGAGAGAGUAGGAAGUGCAACUGGAACGUGGAGGUAGCCAAGUGUACGAAGUGUGCGGGCUUGUGCAAGAGAGUGGAAGACGACGGGUCUGGUCGCCAGAGUGGGCAGUGUUUUGGCUAAUGAAAGUAUUUGCAUCCAAGCGUGCCGUGCGUGAGUGCAUUGUUGCGAGAGAGGUUUGUUGUCGGUUCGUCAACGAGGUUCAGCGCAGUCAUUGCUAGAGCAAAGUGGAGCAGCGGGCUCUGGAAGAAUAUUUCUUCAUUUUGAUGUUGCAUCCGAAACCAUGCAGCUGCUCAUCGGAUCAUGAGUUGUGUGACGAACGAGACAACGAAUGGUGACCACUUCCGUAUCGCAGCCGGCAACCGUACCAUCGUCAUCGGCCACUGGUGUUCGAGCUUUAGCGGGGCUGCAGAAAAGAACUAGCCGAACAUUGAGGAGGAAGUACGCCUGCCUCCUAACGGCAGCAGCACGAUGAAAUGAACGAGCAGCAACCGCAGCAGCAACAGCAGCAGCAGCAGCAGCAGCAGCAGCAGCAGCCGCAGAAGCAGCAGCAGGAGCAGCAAUGGGUUCGCAAACGUUGGAAAUCCUGCGCCAAGGAGUGCUGGCCAGUCUGACCGGCGGCUGGUACUACGACGUGCAUCAGAAUGUCUUCUGCAAUGCCGUCCAUCUGUACAUCUGGUUGUUUCUGUUGUUUCUUCCGUUCAUCAUUUACAUGUAUUUUCCGACAACGAUAAUUGUAUGGAGCGUGUACUGUGUGCUGAUCGCCGUCAUUAUCACGUUUUUCAAGAUGGUAAAUGUGGCACUGCACCGAAUGUACGAUCGAGCGCGUACAAUGUCGGAUACGAACCUGAAAAAGCCCGGUCUAGGAGGAGUUGGUCCGGGCGCCGGUGUUGUCGGCCAUGGAACGAAACUAGCCAACAACGGGCGCUCUAAGGCAGGUGCUGGUACAGGAUCGGGCGGUGACGAUGAUGAGGCGGGCAUCGAGAUGCAAAUUCUAGGAACGGUCGAGGUAGUUGGCACACCACCGGUGAAUGCCGCCUCUUCGCGUACAUCGGUCGAGCAUGGGAGCGACGAAAACCACAGCUACGCCAACAGUGCCCUAUCGUUUGACUUCCCCGAGCAGGUGACAAGCACCAUCGAUCUAAAGGUGGAUGUACACCGGAAGAAUAGCUCCGAAUCGAGUGACAGUGGGCUAAGUGGUGGUGGUGCAACGGGCGGUGGUGCCACUGGUGGUGGUUCUGCUGCUGGUGGCGAAACAAGCGGUGGAAGAGGGUCUCGGAGCUCGGCGACGGUGCAGACGCAUUCGAUGGCAGAGGUGCACGCCGGCAGCUCGGCAUCAUCAACCCACAAACGAUCGCUUUCAACGCCCAAUCAGGAUCAUUUUUCCGAGCUGGCCCUCGAGAGCGGUACGAUGAGGGAGAUGGCACGUCACGCUGCCGGAGGAUCGAGUAGUGCCGGUGGUAGCGCGACCAUCGUGAUGGAAGCGGGAAGCUACUCGAAGGAUCAACCAACGGGAGGACGGCUGACGAUGGGCCAAACACAAUCGAAUGCGUCGCUACGGCGGCAUCAGUACACGUCGAAGCGUAAGCAGCGGUUCAUGAACAGCCAGCUGCAGAGGCAGGUGUCACUGGAUUCGGAAAAUGUGGCCAUAGGUAGUGAUGUUGUUGGCAGUGUUGGAGAAUCCGAGGGUGCGCGGCAUCGUCGGAAGCAAGGCGGUGUAGGGCGCAGCACUAGCGGUAGCGGCGUAUCAACGAGUGGCACCACCUCCGGUACUGGCGGUAGUGGUUCAAGGCGCGAAGGAACGAGUUCAUCAGGUGUAGCGAUGCUACAACGGCACCUUAGUUCCGACGAUCAGAGCAACAAAUCGGCCAGCUCGCUCUAUCCUCACCAUCACCAUCAUCAGCUGCACCAUCAUCACCAUCACCAUCAUCAUCACCAUUUGCUGGCGCUGCAGAAUCUCGAUCCAUCCGAUCUUUACCACAUGGACCAUAGCUACACGAAGUCGGCCGUACAGCUGGCGAUCGAAAGCACACCGAACGAUGGAGUGAGUAGCAGUAACAGCAUUGGUGGCGGCGUUGGGAAGGGAUCCACCGGAGCGUACUUGCCGCACCAGGGUACUCCUAUUAGACGCGAUUCGAGUAGUACCAUGUCCGCACUGCAGCUCCCAACGAUCGCCAGUAGUAGUGGUGGUGGCGGUGGGGGUAGCAUUAAUGCCGGUACCGGUGGGGGCAUCACUUCCGGCAGCGGCAGAGCGAACAGUGCUAGUGGCGGCGGUGGUAGUAAACGUCGUCGUCAUUCCGCCAACACGAACACGGCCAACGGGACUAGCGGCACGAGACCAUUACCCCGAUCGUUAACAUCGGUACGCAGGAUCAAGAGUGCGGCCCUGGAAAUCUGCAGUCCGGCCUCGAUCCCCAAUCUCACUCCGACGCACCCGAACAGUGUGGAAGUGAUAGGUGGCCAAACGUUGCGCAAUCCGCGGCACACGGUUCUGCCGCCACCGAGCAAGUGCUUGUCUCGCAACCCGUACCUGAAUCUGUUUACUAAAUCCAACGAAGGAAGCAGCGGAUCGGGGCUGGUAGAUGUUUGCCGCGGCCGGGACGUUGGUUCAAGCUUGCUGACAAUGGUUGGCACGGGUACCGGGGAUCCCGUUUAUCCGAUCGCUGAGCAAUCGGACGAGAACACGCCGAUCAAGAGCGGAGGUCGGUUAGUAGCGGAUGAGAAUGCGGUUGUGCAGCGAUUCGAUUUGCAGUCGGAUGACUCGGACGACGAUGGACUAGAGGAUGAUGACGAUGAGGAGGAGGAGGAGGAAGAGGAGGAGGAUGAUGAUGCGGAUGAUGAUGAUGAUGCAGAUGCUGAUGAGGGAGAAGACGAGGAGGAAGAGGACGAUGCAGGAGAAGAGGAAGAAGGAGAACAUCCAGCUAGUGUCGAUGUAGAUCGUGAAGCGGACGAUGAAGGUGAUGGACGGAAGCUACAGGGUCAUGGGCGAAUAGCAGACAGUGAGGAGGAUCUUACGUUGCACGAUCAACUCCGUCGGCUUCACCAUCAGCAGCAGCAGCAACAGAAGCAGCGGAAGAACGGUGACGACCCGAUAGAUGAUUCGCUAGUGGUCACCGCCGCCACUGGCGGCGAUGGUGAUUACGACGCUGGUGAUCGCAGUGAUGAUGCGGCCGAUUCCGAUAUUGAUCACCAGGAUAGUGGCCUUCAAUCGACGGACUCGGACACGGAGAACAAUGCGGGUUCCCGUUCACCACUCCUCGAACCGCGGAAUCAUCGAACGGGCUCCGAGCAGCAUGCAGUGGUCAUCGUGGAGGCCAAGAACGCGUCAUGUACGGCAGUCGCGCAAGCGAUCGCGGGAACGGGUCCGGCAGGGGUGGAAGUGAAGAAAACCUCCUCGAGUCCCACGAUCAGCCAUACGCUACGAUCACCGGCGAAACAGUUCGAUGAGCACGGGUGCCUAUCCUCGAGCGAUUGGGAGCAUGCGAGUGCCAGUUCGAAGGAUCUGUUGAUCACGAAAGACAUUAGCCCCCCAAAGGAGAAGGAUGGUCAGAAGAAGGAAGCCACGUCUUCGGCCAACGAAACACCGGCACGUCCCUACGAUGGAGACGAUGGUGGUGCGCUUAAACUUAAGACGGCUCCGAUCGGUUCGGAUGGGUCCUCGCAGGAAGUCAACGUAGCCGGCGGAGGUGGAGCCAUGGCUUCCCAUUCCGGCUCCACCACGCAGCGUAGUCUUGGUGCAAUCCCGAAGACCUCAUCGUCACCACCGGGUCGUUUCAGCUUUCGACGGCUUAGCAUCGAGGAUAACUAUCCGAGCACGAGCGGCAAGAUCUACAAUCGGACACUCUCGCAACGGCUGUCGGCCGAGCGGAUACCGGAGAAUGCGGCUACCGCCCCGUUAAUUACCUUCCUCAACUACCGUUCCGAUGUGCCAAUACCGCCGAUCUAUCUGCCCGGUAACAAUGCCCUGUCCGAGCAGCAAACGAACGGGAGCUUCAGCUUCCGUUCGCGAGGGAAUGCUUUACCCUCUCGAUCCUACCGUCAGCUAAACUGCCGCAUGAGAAUGCUUAAACUUGCCGACGAUGGUACGACGGCAUCCGGCUCGGGAACGUCUGGGUCGGGUGCUGCCACUGCGUCAAGCAUAGGUCCAGACUAUACGAGACGUGAUGGAUCGACCCUAGGGCCGGAUUAUUGGCGUGGUGGUGGUGCAAGCCUCGGCCCAGACUAUUGGCGUGACGAUGACAACAACAACUGCCACUAUUGUCUCGAUGCACUCGAAGGGCAGCAGAUCGGAGCAGCCGCGUCGGCAGCAGCAGCAGCAGCAGCACAACAAUCUUCUCUAGCGCAAGGUCGACAACAGCUGGGUGAUGCUGGUGGUGGUAUCGGUGGAAGUCGAAGCGGUGCGAUAGGGAGUGAGCUAGUCCCGGGUACGGUUGGCAGUGGAGCAGAUCUGCCUUGGAAUUUCUAUGCUGGCGACGAUUC